UUCCUCUUUCGCGUCGCCCACCGCAGGAUGUCGCUGUUCCGCCACGUCCUCUCGCGCCGCGUCCGCCACGCGUCGACCAAGGCGACGUCAUGCGUCGUCAACUCGCACAACGAAUGGGACCCGCUGGAAGAGAUCAUCGUUGGCAAGAUCGAGGGCUCGACGAUCCCCGAAUGGCACGUCGCGGGCAAGGCUGUAUGGCCAUCGCGCUACUGGGAUAUGUACAAGAACAAGGCCGGACAGCCUUUCCCGCGUGAGCUCAUGGAGGCUGCUGCCAAGGAGCUCGACUACCUUGCGCAUGUCCUGGAAGGCGAAGGCGUCGUCGUGCGCCGGCCCGAGUUCAACCCAGAGGACUUUAGCAAGCCGUUUGAGACACCCGACUUUAAGAGCAAGAGCGGUCUUUACGCAGCGAUGCCCCGCGACAUUUUAAUUGUUGUCGGCAACGAAAUCAUCGAAGCGCCGAUGGCGUGGCGGUCGCGGUACUUUGAGUUCCGUCCGUUCCGAAGCCUGGUCAAGGAGUACUUUCGCAACGGUGCCAAGUGGACGGCCGCGCCCAAGCCGCAGAUGAGCGACGAGCUCUACAAUGAAGACUGGCAGCCCAACUCGGGCGAAUUUAACUCGGUCGUCACGGAGUUCGAGCCGACGUUCGAUGCGGCCGAGUUCACGCGCAUGGGCAAAGACCUCUUCACGCAGCGGAGCCAGGUCACGAACGAGUUUGGCAUCGAGUGGAUGCGCCGGCACCUCGGCGACGACUACAACAUCCACGUCCUCGACUUCAAGGACCGCAACGCCAUGCACAUUGACGGCACGUUCGUGCCGCUUGGACCUGGAAAGCUCCUCGCCAACCCGUACCGGCCGUGCGUGACCGGUCGGCCUGUCAAGACGUAUGCGUACAAGGACAAGGAGUACGAGUACCGCCUCCCGGAGAUGUUCAAGGGCUGGGAGGUGUUUGUCGCGCCGACGCCCGAGCUGUCGCCCGAGCACCCGCUGUUCUUUACGAGUCCGUGGACGGCGACGUGCAACGUGCUCGUCGUGCGCCCUGGCGUCGUCGUCGUCGAGGCGCACGAGACAAAGGCGCGUCAGCUCUUCAAAGAGUGGGGCUUUGAAGUCAUCCCGGUGCCCUUCCGCAACUUUAUGCCCUUUGGCGGCUCCUUUCACUGCGCGACGUGCGACAUUCGCCGCACGGGCUCGCUGCAGUCGUAUUUUGAUUGA